AUGGGAUUUUUCAUUCGUGAUCUUCACAACCAAAUCGCCAAACUCCAUACUGAACAGUUUGAUGGACAUUCAACUUCGAAUACAUUUACUGUUUAUCACGGUCAAGGACUGUCUAAGUCUGAUUUCAAUCGAUUGAUGAAAACCAAAGGUGGACUUUUAUCAUUUAAUAAUUUUUUAUCGACUAGUAUCCGCCGUGAAGUAUCUUUUACCUUUGCUCGUCAAACUAUGGAAUCAUCAGAUCUUAUUGGUAUUGUAUUUAUCAUAAAAAUUGAUCCAUCUAUCGCAUCGACACCAUUUGCUGACAUCCGUAACGUCAGCUAUAUCAAAGGAGAAAAAGGAAUUCUCAUCUCCAUCCAUUCUAUCUUUCGCAUCGGAUCAAUAAAGCGAAUAAACGGAAAUCGUCAUCUUUGGCAAGUCGAUUUAACAUUGACCAGUGACAACGAUCCACAACUACAUGCACUUACUGAACUGAUUCGCCAAAAGACAUAUCCUAAAGUAGUAGGCUGGUAUCGUUUGGGUAUCAUACUAAAUAAACUUCGACAGUCUGACAAAGCUCAAGAAGUAUAUGAUAUUCUGCUUAAUCAAGCAACCACUGAUCGAGAUAAAGCAUAUCAUUAUCAUAUGCUCGGCGUGGUAAAUGAAGAUCAAGGUGAAUAUUCAGAGGCCAUUAACUACUAUCAACAAUCCAUUGAAAUCAAACAGAAAAUUCUCUCACCAACGGAUGACGAUUUAGCUAAGUCUUAUAACACCAUCGGUUUAGUAUAUAACUACAGAGGUGACUAUUCGAAUGCGUUUUAUUUUCAUAGGAAAGCACUGAAAAUCUGGCUAAAAACUCUCCCUUCAACUCAUCCAUAUUUGGCUACUUCUUACAAUAACAUUGGUUUAGCGCUUUUCAAAGUUGGUGACUAUUCUAAGGCACUUUCAUCGUAUCAAAAAGCACUGAAAAUUCGACAAAAAAAUUUUCCUUCAACCCAUCCUGAUUUGGCUGUAUCUUACAAUAACAUUGGUUCAGUGUAUGAUCACAUGGGUGACUAUUCUAAAGCACUUUCAUCUCAUAAAAAAGCACUAGAAAUUCGUCAAAAAAAUCUUCCUUCAAAUCAUCCUGAUUUGGCUCAAUCUUACAACAACAUCGGAUUGGUCUAUGAUAACAUGCGUGAUUAUUCGAAUGCACUGUCCUCUCUUCAAAAAGCACUUGAAAUUCAACAACAAACUCUUCCUCCCAAUCAUCUUGAUUUGGCCACUUCAUACAACAACAUUGGUUCCGUCUAUGACAAUUUGGGUGACUAUUCCAGUGCACUUUCAUUUCAUCAGAAAGCACUUGAAAUUCGCGAAAAAACUUCGCCAUCACAUCCUGCUGAUUUAGCCACUUCUUACAACAACAUUGGUUUGGUGUAUAACAAUAUGGGUGAUUAUCCCAAUGCACUUUCAUAUCUUCAGAAAGUAUUAGAAAUCCACGAAAACACUCCUCCUUCAAAUCAAUCCACUUUGGCUACUUCUUACAACAAUAUUGGUUCAGUGCAUGAGAACAUGGGUGACUAUUCGAAGGCACUUUUAUAUUAUCAAAAAGCACUAGAAAUUCGUGAACGAAUAUUUCCUUCAAACCACCCAGAUUUAGCUCAAUCUUACAACAAUAUUGGUUUGGUGUAUGACAACAUGGGUGACUAUUCAAACGCUCUUACAUUUCUUCAAAAAGCACUAGAAAUUUACCGAAACACUCUUCCAUCAAAUCAUCUUGAUUUAGCUACUGCGUAUAACAACAUUGGUUUGGUGUAUGAUAAUAUCCGUGAUCAUAUAAACGCACUUUCAUGUCAUCAAAAAGCAUUGGAAAUUAAACAGCAAACUCUUUCGUCAAAUGAUCGGAGUGUGGCUCAAUCUUACUAUAACAUUGGUUCGGUAUAUUUCAAAAUAGACGACUAUUCGAAAGCACUUUCGCACUAUGAAAGAGCACUGGAAAUUCGUCAAAACAUUCUUCCUCUGAACCACCCAAGUCUCGCUCAAACAUACACCAAUAUUGGUUCCGUGUAUUUCAAGAUGGGUAACUAUUCGAAUGCACUUCCAUCUCUUGAAAAAUCUUUGGCCAUUCGACAAGAAACUCUUCCUCCUAAUCAUCCUGAUUUGGCUCAAUCUUACAACAACAUUGGUUCCCUGUAUGAUAACAUGGGCGAUUAUUCUAAUGCACUUUCAUCACUUGAAACAGCACUCAAAAUUCAUGAACAAACGCUUCCUUCAAAUUAUCCGAGUUUAGCUAUUUCUUACAACAACAUUGGUUUAGUGUAUGAUAACAUAGGUGAUUAUGCAAAUGCACUUUCCUAUCUUCAAAAGGCACUAGAUAUUCAUAAAAGAAAAAUCUUCUCUUCAAAUCAUUCUGAUUUGGCUAUUACUUACAAUAACAUUGGUUUGGUGUAUGAAAACAUGGGUGAAUAUUUGAAUGCACUUUCAUGUCAUCAAAAAGCACUGGAAACCAAACAAAAAACUCUUCCUUCAAACCAUCCAAGUGUAGCACAAUCUAACAACAGCAUUGGUUCCGUAUAUGUCAAGAUGGGUGACUAUCCUAAGGCACUAUCAUAUUAUCAAAGAGCAGUUGAAGUUCGCCAAAAAGCUCUCCCUGAAAAUCAUCCUGAUUUGGCUCAGUCUUACAACAACAUUGGUUUGGUGCAUUCCAAGAUGGGUGAUUAUUCAAAUGCGCUUUCAUCUCUUCAACAAGGACUGGAAAUUCACGAAAAAACUCUUCCUUCAAAUCAUCCAAGUUUGGCUACUUCUUACAAUAACAUUGGUUCGGUAUAUGACAACACGGGUGACUAUUCAAAUGCACUUUUAUUUUAUCAAAAAGCACUGGAAUUUUAUCAAGUAACUCUUCCUUCAAAUCACCCAAAUUUAGCUACUUCUUACAACAACAUUGGUUCUGUAUAUAUGAAGACGGGUGACUGUUGGAAUGCACUUUCAUACCUUCAAAAAGCACUAGAAAUCCACGAAAAUACUCUUUCUUCAAAUCACUCGAGUUUGGCUACUUCUUACAACAACAUUGGUUCAGUAUAUUACAGUAUGGGUGAUGAUUCCAAUGCACUUUCAUUUUUUCAAAGAGCACUAGAAAUUCACGAAAAAGUUUUUCCUUCAAACCAUCCAAGUCUGGCUACUUCUCACAACAACCUGGGUUUAAUGUAUGGCAAUAUAGGUGACUAUUGGAAUGCACUUGCAUCUCAUGAAAAAGCACUGGAAAUCAAACUGAAAACCCUUCCGUCAAACCAUCCAAGUUUAGCUCAAUCUUAUAACAACAUUGGUUCGGUGCAUUUUAAGAUAGGUGAUUAUUCUAAGUCACUUUUAUACCAUCAAAGAGCAGUGGAAAUUCGUGAAAAAACUCUUCCUUCAAACCAUCCAAGUUUGGCUCAGUCUUACAAUAAUGUUGGUUCGGUAUGUUUCAAGAUGGGUGGUUAUGCGAAGGCACGUAGACUUUUUGAACAGUCUCUGCAAAUAGUAGAAUACUUAUUGCCUGAAAAUCAUCCGGAUAUUCAAUUAUAUAGAAAUAACUUGAAAUGUGUGGAAAAGAAAAUGUAA